CCUGAGGAAACUAAGUGCGUCAACUUUGGUUGAGUUCGUUUGUCUGCGUGUGCAUUGGUGAGAUGUGUACGUGACGUGCGCGGAGAUGAACGAGGACGCAUUUGAGGUCCCUGAGAGGACCGAGUACCGGUAUCUCGUUCAGGAGGAAGAAGAGGACGAGUUGCAGUACGUCCGUCACAGACAAUACAUCAGCCCCUUCCUGGUGCUCUCCAGGCGCUGCAUCUUCUUCAUUUGCCUUGGCGUGCUCACCCUCCUUGCUCUCGCCACCUAUCUGGGUUACGUGGCCCAGACGCUGCCACCAGGUCUCGUCCAGGUGUUGACCGACUGUGGAGAGUACAGAGGGAGAUAUAAAAAUGGAGCCUACUCCUUUAAGGGUGUGCCCUAUGCUGCCCCACCCAUUGGUGAGCUGCGUUGGGCUCCUCCAGCUGCACCAGUGUGCAAGAGCACGGUGAAUGAUGCGGGCCGCUUCCACAGCGUGUGUCCUCAGGUUCGCCCGAUGUCCAGCACGGGGAAGGUGAUUGGUCAGGAGGACUGCCUCUUUAUCAACGUGUGGACGCCCACGCUGAAGCCCAAUGCCAAAGUACCUGUCAUGGUCUGGAUCCAUGGAGGACACCUGCACACACUCAGCGGAGGAGAAGAGGGCUACUCACCCUCCGAGAAGCUUGCUGCGGACACGGGAAUGGUUUACGUCAGCUUUAAUUACAGACUGAAUGCCUUUGGCUUCUUGGCCCUGGAGAUACUAAGAGAAGGUUCUCCAAGUAACACAUCAGGGAACUAUGGCCUCAUGGACCAGAUUGCAUCUCUGAAGUGGGUCCAGAGGAACAUACACGUGUUUGGAGGAGACCCUGGGAAAGUUACCAUAUUUGGACAGAGCUCAGUGUGGACACUGAUGAUGUCCCCGCUGGCGAAGGGUCUCUUCCACGCCGCGGUGGACAUGAGUGGCCCAUACCUCCACAACACCACACUGAAACAGGCCGAGUCGGACAAUCUUGUGUUCCUGAAGAAGACGGGCUGCAAAGACCUGACCUGCCUCAGACGUCUCUCUGUCCGAAACGUCCUACAGGCUGCCCCAUGGCAGGAGUACCCAUACUGGGCAGCAGAGGAGAUGACAGACCUGCCCACCAGAGGGCGUUAUAUUAGAGCUAUGACAGUAGUGGAUGGAUUGGUCCUGGACGCUCCAUCUUUCGAGGUGUGGGAGAAGAAGGGAGGCCACAGUGACGUCCCGUUCCUCAUCGGGUCGACGAAGCAGGAGGCGGACUUCAGUCCACGGGCUGCAAACAUCUCCACGUGGACCUGGGGGGACUACAGGUGGUUCGUUACAGACAAACUUCAGUCCUUCAGUAAGAAUCUCACCAGAGACGCUUUGGACCUGUAUCCGAGCUCAGCACCAUGUCCCACCACGGACCGCUGCCCAGAGAGGGCCUACACCACCAUGGUGUCCGAUAUCAGGGUCACCUGCCCCAAAAACGAGCUGGCCCAGAUAGCUGCAGCUGAACUGAACAGCCCCGUGUAUCGGUACGUGGUGACCUACACGCCGUCAGGACAGGUCAACGUGUCCACAGCGCUCCUGCCCUUUCCCAGCCGCUUCUCCUUUCACCGCCUUGAUGCCGUGGCUUUCUUUGGCGGACUGGAGUUUGUUCUGGGGAAGCCGCUUUCUGAGGAGGACAAGAGCUUCCAGGGUCUGAUCACACAGCACCUUGUCAACUUUGCCAAAACAGGUAAGAUGGAAACUAAUUGGCCUGCGUUCCCAGAAGCCACAGGUCUCCUUUCCAGCAGCCUGAAGCUGGUCCAGGACUAUUCCUCUACUCGGUGUGAUCUGUGGAAGGAGAAUGGCCUGUUCGCCUACGCCUGGAUGAAUUGAGCCAUUUUCAGCUGCUUAAGGUUUUGGUUGUUGAUCUUUUUUUCACAUUUUUAAAGGGCUUGUUUGCAAAAUUAUUCAUGCAAUAAUCAUUUUUUAAUGACUUACUAAUAGGAAUUAGAUUCAGGUUUGGAUUUGCACGCUCACAUAAUGCCGAAGCAGUGAACAGUUACUACUACCACUACUUAUAUUUAAGUAGGAAUAGAGUCCACCAAUAUCAACACCAGAAAGUUUUACCAAGCACAGUCUGUCCACAAACAACCAGCUAACUCUCUCUCUCCCUCUAACAAGACUUAAGUGUUGCUUUGGUCAUAUCUUUAUUCUGCAUCCUGUCCAUGAGACUUGUCGUAAUAAUUUGGGAACUUAAUAUUUAGCCCCUUUAAUAAAAACUGGAGAAAUUAUAUCUGGAUGCCGAUCAUUAGAUGUAGAAUUUCUUUUCACAGAGCCGUUGGAAAAUUGUUUUUGUUUUUUUGCCUGAUAGAAGAAAUAGAUACAAUCUAAAACAUACAUUAUUAUGUAUGUGCACACCUUGUGUACAUUAAUUUCAUAGUUCAUUGACAUGAAAGAGACUCGCUGUGGACAGGUGAGAUAUUUACAGCCUCACAAGCUUAAAUUCCCUGUAACGUGAUACUCAUGAAAAUGUGUUAGUAACCACUAACACUAAAAUAAUUGAAGUUUUAAAUGAUAUAAAAUUCUGCUUCAUUCUCUGCUCUGAGAUUGUUGCACACACAAGUCUGGUCUACCUGCUCAAGUGGGGACCAGAGUCCACAAACAUCCUGGUUCGUCAGUGUUUGUACAGAAUAUUAACAUAAACACUCCGUUAACGUGACUUUUUUUUUUUAUUUAUUUUUUUAUUACCAUUUUGGUGCUAGUUUAACGACAUAUUGCACAUAAACUGAGCUAGUUUAGCAGGAGGAGUUGAGCCAUCAUGAAGCCAUAUUUUUAGACACGUCUCAACAUUUUUGAAAAGACUACUGGAGAGAAGCUAUUUUCAGGUUUGUAACUCCAUCAUUCUUUACUCCACAUGUUCUCAGCCACGUUUUUAUUUUUUACAUAUAUAAUGUGUGAAGACAAGAAAUGCUGAGUUUGCUUUAUGGGAUCUCUAAAGGGAAUUUGACUUGUUCCUGGGUGAAUAUGCAGUACUCUGUCUACAGUUUAUUUUUUUAUAAAUUCAGUGGCAUGGUUGCAGUGAAGCUGUGAGAUACUGUGUGAGCUUGAUUUGUUUAUGUGUGUGAACUCGUGUUUUUAAGUUCUGCUUUUUUGCACUGAUUUAUUUUGUAUUUUAACCUUUAUCCACCAAGUUUUUGCACUUGUCCUGAGAACUUACGUGUAACAUGAGGCAUGUACAGUACUGUGCAAACGUCUUGGAGCACCAUUAGAUUUGUUGUUUUAGCAAUGCUAUAAUGACUAUACAGUAUAAUAAUUUCAAAUCACCCUAUUGGGACACAUCCACAAAAUGGGCGAAACAUGUACACAGUAUUAGAUAACACGAUUUCAGAGGGAGAAAAACAUUAAAGUGUCAAGUAUUUGGUGUGACCUACCCUCACACUUGAACAGUAGCAUGACCCUGGCUCUCUUAAUAAGUCAUUUUACUGGUAAAAACCUGUGUUUGUCCUACUAUUUCAUUUGUAGAGAAAUAUCUGCUGUGAAGGUCUAUUACACCAGGUAUAUUCAAGACAUGUUUGAGCAUUAAAUACAAAUGCUGUAUGAGUUUACCUCAGUAACAGUUUAAGGAAGAUAGAAGACCAAGUGUUAGUCCCCUCAGUCUUAUCCAAAUGCCAAUGACCACAGAUUUUCACAGACUCCUUUUGAUCCCAAAUGUUUUUAUUUUGAAUAUUUUCACUUCUAUUAGAGACAGUAUAUCUCUAAUUGUUUUUAACCACAUUUUAGCUUUUGUUAUGUUGAAAUACUUGUGUUUUAUUGCUUUAUAUGCUCAGUAAAUUGACACCACUUUUUUUAUUUUUAUUUUAUCUGUCACUACAGUUGUAUUCGUCAGUUGGGUUCAUGGUGAUCCAGGUAAAAACACUUAUCUUAGUUCAGGCUGUCAUGGCUAAAGGCUAAUGUCCAGGAACGGUCAAGCAGCUAAGACAGAAAUGUUUCACUUUUGUCUAGAGAAAUGUAUGGUUUGAAAAGUAUGACUAACCACUUAGUUUAAAUACAAACUCUAACUGAA